UGAACAUUAAAACAUAUUAAACCAAUAACAUCACGGCUGUGAUUUGGUGGCCGUAGAUCAUCACAGCCGCGAUGUUAUGGGCGAUAACUUCACGAUAACACACUCCCUCUGUGUUCUACUGCUUAAGUAUGUGCUGAGUAGCUUCAUUAGGGGCAAUCCAACACUCACAGUCAUCGCAGGCAAAGCCACGCACCAAUAACCAGAAACCAAAGCUACGGUAAAAGAACAGUAAACCACAAAAGCCACGGCUCGGAACUCAGCUGGGAACAGAGACUUUACAAAGAACGAGGCCACGUGAAGGUGCGUCUGUAGGGGCUCUAACUGAAUCUAUACACUAGCAGCAGUGUAUGUGAUGAAGGGGUGGAGCCAAUGUGGAAUGAGCCAAUCCAGACCAGGCACGUCCAACAAGAGCCUCCCUGACAUUGUGAAGGAUAAAAGGCAAUCCAUUCGUUUAAGGAAGCAAAAAGUUGUGUCCAGGUCCAGUCAGGAUGAUGGAGAGAGCUGUAGUGCUGGCACUGUGCUGCUGCCUGUUGAUGCCGGACCCGUGCGCGCCGCUCUAUCCAUCACUACGGUUUGGUCAGAGAGCGACUGCUAUUCUGAUGAGCUCCUCUGUGGAGGAUCCUGUACAGCUGCCCUCAGACUACAGCUCCGCCCACGGUCAGGAGGUGGAGUUCAGGUCUGGUAGACAUGCUGAUGCCAUCUUCACCAACAGCUACCGGAAGGUUCUCGGCCAAAUAUCAGCCAGAAAGUUCCUCCAAACCAUCAUGGGCAAAAGACUUGAGCCAACAUCUGAAAGCUACGCCAAACGCCAGGCUGGGAUAUUUGAGGACACCUUCAAACAGGACCUGACGUCCAUCGAGAGGGAACAAAGUUACAGAGCAAAGACUCCAGAGUCUUAAAUACGUCCACAGCUCACAUGUUUCGCAGCCAUGCAUAGGAUUUUAUGUAUGUACAUUACUUCUCCAAACUCUUACUCAUUGUCGGCGUGGCCAGUGCGGUCAGUGCGCUCAAACAAGAAGAAGUCCAUUAUUAGUUUAAAGUAUAUAAAACCUUAUAUUGCAGUGUAGUACACACGCUGAAAGGGUGGUUCUCCAAGUGUUCAGUGGUUCUAUUUAGAACCAUGAAUAUAAACCCAUCUCAUGCUUAAAUGGUUCUUUGUGUGGUGAAAUGGUUCUUCAGAUUGAUAUCGAAUGUCUUGUGUAUGGUUCUAUGUAGAAACUUUUUUAAAAAUGGUUCUAUAGAGCACCAGAAGCAGUUCUGCUAUUGUUACAAGUUUGACAUGUUAUUAAAAGUAGUACCUUUUUACUCUAAAAAAUGAGGUCAGCUCAACUUAAAAUGAUUUAGUAACUGAUUUCAUGGCUUUUUUUGAGUUGACUCAACUUGAGGACACCAAAGUUCACACAACUCAAACGUCUUAGUUGAGUCAAAAGUUCUCCCACCUACUGUUUCUAGCUCUGCAUCUCGGUUAGAUAAACAAAACGCAGUUUCUCCACUAGCUGGCGCUCCUUCUGUCACACAGUCCCAUCUGGCAUAUUUUCCUCUUGAGUUUCCGGAUAAUGGACCGCUGUGAUAUUACUGGGAUUCAAAUUCAAACCUCCCGAUGUUGGGACGACUGAUUAGACAGCUGCACCACAUGAGACGACGCCACGAUUUGAAACUGAGACAUCUAAUUUCUCCAGGGUUUUAAACCUUUGUAGACACAAAAUCUGAGUCGCUUGAUGUGUUCCUGAGUGGCGCAGUGGACUAAGCUCAUUGGACCCCAACAGGAGGUUGUGAAUUUGAACCCUGGUGUUGCCACAGCCAUCCGUAAGUGCUUAACCAAGAGGAAAAAUGUUCUGUAGGAUGGAGAACGUUCUGGCUGGUGGGGAAGCUGAGUAUAAAAAAACACCACAAGCUCAUUUAAUUUUAGCCAUCUGAGAUGCAGAACUGAAAAUAAGAGAACUUUUGACUCCACUAAGUCUUGUGUGAACUCAACUCAAGAAAAGCCAUAUAAUCAGUUACUAUAUCACUUUGAGUUAAGCUGACCUCUCGUUUUUAACUGUGUUGUUCUAUACAGAAACAUCUACAACACAUUCUCCAUCAAUCUGAAGAACCAUUUCACCAUGCAAAGAACCAUUCAAGCAUGAAGUUCUAUAUAGAACUUUUACCUUUACUAAGGAACCCUUGAAGAACCAUCUUUUUUAUGUGUGUAGGGCCCGACUGAUGUCAAAGUUUUGUCACAAAUACCAAUAAAGCUGAACAUUCUAAUAA